AUGUCUGAUAAUCAAUACAUUCCAAAGUAUAUCUCAAAGACUCCAUGGUACCAUAAAACGGGGAAACUUACCGAAGAUCUCGAGGGAAAAGAGGAUACUCUGGAUUUAUCUCAUCAAUACAAGAAUCCCAAUGUUAAGGAAGAUCAUAGUAUACCAAAAUCAGGUACAGGAGUAUUGGAUGAGUUCGUAAAAACAAAGGACAAUAUUGAAAUUAAGAAGGUAGAAGACUGGGACUCGAAAAGAGAUCGCUGGCAUGGUUUUGACAUCAGCGAAUGGGAUAAGGUGGCCCAAAACUGGGAAACGAUAAAGAAGAACUCUGGAACAAAAAAGAGUAAACAGGUCCUGCAUGGAGGACUGCAAAAUAAAGAAGGUGAUGACUUGGACGAAGAUGGAUCUGAUGAUACAGACUAUGAGCUUGAAUUGACUGAAUUGGGGCUAGAAAGGAAGGAUUUGAAGAGCAAGCUCAAGGAAGAUCCCUUAGAGAAAGUCCUCAGGGAUAGACAAGACGUGCCGAGCUACAUAUUGAAUAUCACUUCGCAAUCCAAGUUGACAUAUGAUCCAGAAAACAAAAAUAUAUCCAACGAUCAAAGUGAAUUUGUACGAAGUGCAAAAGUGGGUAUAAAUGCUGAUAUAGCUAAACUUCAGAAUUUUGCUUGGGAACAAAAUGAAACUUCAGAAAAAUUGCAAAAGCGGCAAAAGCUAGAAGAAAGGUUGAAUGGUGUUGAAGGAUCCGGUGUUGAGGUUGAUUUAGAUUUGAACCUUGCCGCGAACCCCACUGCUAUGUUGUUGAAGUCGAGAAAAGAAGACAAGGAGUUGCAAAAGAGUAGAGACUUGAAACGACAAAAGUUAAAUGAAAGAUAUGGGUAA